AUGGAUCCUCCACCAAGUUCGGAGAAAUCGCAUCUCAUCAAUGAAAGAAAUGCCAAAAUAUACUCCUUAAAACUUAACAGUGAAUUCUCAGGAUCCAAAGAAAGUUGCCCAAACCUGCCUUUGGGAAAUGGUGAAAUGGCUGGUGCUAUUGAGCUCAAGAGGCCUGUUGGAACACAUUGCCAUGGGAAAAAAGCAGCCUAUGAUGACAGCCGCGAGAAACUCAUAGCCAAGAAGAAACUGUACAUUGCCUCCAUAGUCUGUCUGGUUUUCAUGAUUGGAGAAGUUAUAGGUGGUUAUCUAGCACACAGUCUGGCCAUUAUGACCGAUGCAGCCCACCUUCUGACAGAUUUUGGCAGUAUGAUGGUCAGUCUCUUCUCCUUGUGGAUCUCCUCAAGACCACCCACCAAGAUCAUGAACUUUGGAUGGCACAGAUCAGAGAUUCUGGGAGCCCUGAUAUCUGUAAUGUCCAUCUGGAUCGUGACUGGGGUGUUGGUGUAUCUUGCCAUUGAGAGGAUAGUAAGAAAUGAUUAUGAAAUCGAAGGCCGCGUGAUGCUUCUCACCUCAGGAUGUGCAGUCGUGGUCAACAUCAUAAUGGCCUACAUUCUGCACCACUCCACAACCUUCCACAGUCACGGGUCAGGCUACCACAAGAUUGAUGAGAGUGGGAUGAGUCCUGUGGGCCAUGGUCACUCGCACAGCCUCCUGGGGAAUCACGGGAACACCAGCGUCAGAGCGGCGUUUAUUCAUGUGUUGGGGGAUCUCCUGCAGAGCUUUGGAGUGAUGGUGGCUGCUAUUAUAAUCUACUUCAGGCCAGAAUACAAAAUAGCCGAUCCCAUUUGCACUUUCCUCUUCUCUGUGUUUGUCCUGGCCACCACCAUCACCAUCCUAAGAGACGUCUUCCGCAUUCUCAUGGAGGGGGCGCCUAAAGGAAUCCAGUUUAAUUCGGUGAAGGAGGUGUUGCUGUCUCUGCAGGCGGUGAAGGCCAUGCACAGUCUGCAUCUGUGGGCUCUCACUCUUAGCCAGAGUCUGCUGUCUGUUCACAUAGCCAUCGAGGAGAACGCAGACCCUCAGAGUGUCUUAAAGGAAGCCACUGAACUCCUCCAGACCAAAUUUGGCUUUUACAGCACAACCAUUCAAGUGGAGCCUUACAGCGAGGACAUGAUCCACUGCGCCCAGUGCCAGGACCCCAUGGACUAAAUCCUGCAGCGCACCGGUGAGACGAGGCUGCCUCUAAAACAUGUAUGCACCCCUAUUAAAGCUUCAUUGAGGGUCCAAGCCAGAAAUGGAAACACUGUGCAAAUGCAUCAUCUACAUAUCAUAAUGAACAUGCAUAUGCCAAAUACAUUUCUACCAAGAAAAUAAAAAGAGAGAUUUCACACUGUGCCAUCUCAAAAAGUGCAUUGGUUUAGGAGAGAAAUAGCUUUAAAAUGAAGUGGUGAUGUUUAGCCUCACAUACAGUACUGUUUACAGAGAGAAACCAUGUGGUGUCGUCCUUUAUUAUUGGCAUUCUUGGUAAAUAUAAAGAAAGAAGGUUAAUUUGCUCAAAAUAUUACCAAUAACUUCAAAAAGAUUCUUGAGUUUGUUUUUGGAUGAGAGGGUCGUUUUUCUUGAACCCCUUUCAGAUAUUUAAAUGGUUAUGUUGGUAAUGUAGUUUUGAAGACUUUCUGUGAUUCUGGGAGAUUUAUUUAGCUACUUAAAUCGUUCUACCGACAGUGUUUGGACAAGAUAAACGUCUCUUUUCCAGGGUGAUUCAUAACAUUUCAAGGUGACUGAAAUUUCUUAAAUUACAUGUCAUUAUGGUUUUUAAAGCAUCAUAAUUUUGUAAUGGAGUCCCCUGAAAUAGGUUUGGGUGAGAAAAUUGGUUAUAAAACAUUGUAAUUUUACCAAAAUAUGCAUUUAAUAUUAGAAUCAGUCCGCAAUGAUUUUGAUAUGGUUCAUUUGAAGCAAUUCUGGGCUCAAGAUCUGUAAACCACAGCCAUAAGCCAACUCUGCUCUGAUUGGUCAACUGGCCAAUCUGUUUUGAUUGGUCUUUCUGUAUCUAUUUCAUGUCUGAGGUGCUGUUUAGACUAUGGCGUUUCAUUUUAAAACACAUAGGUUUUUUUACAGUUCCGCCUGACGUCCACACUACUACAUCUUUGACCUUUGAAAACAGAGUAUAUUAAAAACACUGAAGACCCUGUCUUAGUUCAGAAAAAUGCUCUGUUUCCUAUAGAUGGACUGAAAUGCAAACUUUUGAAAAUGCAGGCAGGGAUUAUGCAAAUAUGUUACUUUGAUCAUGUUGACCUACAUUGGUAGCAGGUAAAAGAAUUCAUUUAGUCGAUUCAGAGCUAACUCUUUCUUACAAGAGACCUUUUUUUUUUUAAAUCAUGCAUUUUUUUGAUUAACAAUUAACAUUUUGAGCAACAGAUAAAGAGGUUAAACAAUAAAGAAAUUUUAUAAUGACCUUCAUUCCUCAUUCACCAAGUAUGCCAAAAUUAGUGUAAAAAUGAGACCUGAAAGCAUCACCUUGAGCCUUUUAUCAUGACUUUGCAAGCUUUUGCUUGUCUGGCUGGCAUCAUACAUUAGAGCAGAUGUGUACUGUAAUUGCCUGUCUGUGGACUUGGGAGGGUAAAAGAUAGGUAUUGAUGGGACUUAAAAACAAUUAGAAUGGGGUUUAUUAUGCUCCAGCAAGCAUCAGCACGGUCCUCGAAUCGAUGUGAAUGUCCGCCAAACUGAGCCGUGCUGUUGUUGGGCUUAAAAAGAGAUUCUGCUCAACUGUAGUUAUGGAUUUUGUUGCAGAUCUCACACUAAUGUCUUGUCUCAAGGUACAAUACUGUUUGUGAAAGCAAGCGGGUGAUUAACUCUGUGACAGUGAAUGGGCUGUUGCGUUUUAUUAAAGCUUGGCUUCAUGCGUCUUUAAAAGAACAGUGGAGACUCAAUGACAGAUGAAUGAAGCCACAAGGAGAUUUCAAAGGUGAAGUGUGCAAUUCUACACUGUAAAAGCCAACAGUCAACUUUAUCAAAUAAAAUGAGCGUAGUUAACUCCACUCAUUUGAAAAUAGUUUUGAACUCAGUGUUAAAGGUAAUGAGUUAAUUAAAUACCUCAUUACAUCAACUUAAUUGGAGUAAGUUCACAGUACUCAUUAGGAUUAGUUUUUGAA